GGAGUGUGCCACGUGUACACAUCUUGGGGUUCUUGCCCUUCCCUUUAAAAGACUGGACCGUGACGUCCGACAGAUCGAACCCAUCCCCGGACUCUGCUCUCCAUCGCGUUUUCUUCGCCAUCCUCCGACCUCGACGACGAGCUCCAAUCCCUCUCGUCUCCUUCGGAUCCAACAAGAGAGGCCGAGAACCACCAUGUCGAGAUCAAGAGGCAGACGCGGGGAAUUGCCCCCGUCGCAAGAGACCAUAGAAAAGCUGGAGAAUAUGGUAGAUGCGUGUAAUUUCUAUGAAGCUCAGCAGAUGUACAAGUCCUUAAGUGCAAGAUAUGCGGCUUCUGAGAAAUAUGCUGAAGCCCUCGAUAUUCUUCAGUCAGGUGCUCUAAUACAACUGAAGCAUGGGCAGAUUACUUGUGGAGCUGAGCUGGCGGUUUUGUUUGUGGAAACAUUAGUCAAGGGGAAAUACUCUUACAGCGAAGAAACUCUUGAUCGUGUUAGGAAAAUGUACGAAGGUUUUCCAAAUAUUCCCAUUCCAGAGCAUUUAGAAGACGAUGAUGACAUGCAGAAACUUUCAGAAGCUUUGGUGGCCGCUAAAGUACGUGUAGAGGGUUGCUUAUCAUUUUUGAGAUCUGCAAUCAAGUGGUCAUCUGAGUUUGGGGCUCCCAAAAAAGGAUCUCCCCAAUUGCACAAUAUGCUAGCAGAAUACCUAUAUUCUGAAUCUCCUGAGGUGGACAUGACUAAGGUGUCAAGUCACUUUGUUCGUGGAAAUGAUCCUGAGAAGUUUGCUUCUGUUCUAGUAAAUUUUAUGGGUAAGUGCUACCCUGGGGAAGAUGAUAUGGCAAUUGCACGGGCAGUCAUGCUGUAUCUAUCACAAGGAAACCUUAGGGAUGCAAAUAACCUUAUGGAUGAGCUUAACAAGCAACUAGAACACAAGCAACUUGAGUUACCAGACUCGGACUUGAUCCUGUUUAUCAAGUAUCUGUUGCAGGCGUUAGAAAGAGAUUCUUUUCCACUAUUCAAGAUAUUAAGGCAGAAGUACAAGACAAGCAUAGACCGGGAAUCUUUGUUUGAUGGGUUAUUAGAUGAAAUCGCGGAGAAGUUUUAUGGUAUUCGCAGAAGUGGCCUACCAGACAUUUUUGGUGAUCUCCUUAAGAUGAUGUGAGUGCCAGCUUCAUUGUGAAGGCUAUGUUCCACACAAGUGCGACGAAUCAAUUGGCAUUGAGCUUUCCUUUCUUUCUUUUCUCCAAAUCAGUGCAGAGGAUAUUCAGAUGUCGUGCAGUGAAAGGGUUUCUCCACUGCUGGCUUGAGAUAAAGAUGAACCCAAAUUGCUGAGCUCAGUCGCAAAAUAACCAAAGACUUCAAGAUGCCAAAUGAUACUUCUUCCCAGCUGCCUUAUGAUGCAUGUCAAAGUAUUAUGAAUUAUUUAAGUUCCCAUUUUUGGAUUUUUUUUUUUUUAAUACAAACCUGCCUGAUUCUUGUGGCUAUUUUUUGACUUCCCAAUCAAUGAAAAUACAAGUGUGAUAUGUUCACCAA